AUGGGUUCUCAGCCUUCUCUUGGACCUUCAAUUCCAUUCCUGAGCAGAGCGGGUGAGCCAGAAUGCUUCGGCGAAGAGGAAGAGGAGUACCUACUUCGCUUAGUACGCUUAUUCCCAGGACAACCACUGAGCAAGGCCCUACCUUUGCUACGCCAUGUGUCCCCUGAUGACGACGAAGAAGUCUACCGGGUAGUCCAGGAAAGGCUGAAAGAAUUUCGCGAGACAAAUGAUACAUCAAAAGUCAGCAUCUUCACGCCAGAGGGUAACUUCAUCAUGUCACAGAUACUCGCGCUCGCUAAGACUUAUUACCGAGACGACCCUAUGUGCAUCCACCACCGAGCCGCAGAGGCGAUCGCUGAUGCUCUCUGUCAAUUCGUGUCCCCUUUCAAAUCCGGCAACUCUACCGAAGGAGACCUGACAACGCUCAUUCACCGCAUGUUCCUCUCCGAUGGCGUGGAUGUUCUGGCAGCUGCUCUAGUGGUCAACGACCUCCAAUCUCCAGAACGCCAAUCCCCUCCAGAGCAAGGUGCUUAUCAGGUCUUGAACGGUCAUCCCAAAAUCUGGAGCCACGUCGUGGACAAUCAAAUCGUGUGGACUCCAUUUUCGAGUCUCCCGUUUCGUGAUCCUCGUCACCGUCUUGGAUGGAAUCAAUCCUUCGUAACACCGGUUGUUCAUCCCUCCAUUCCAGUCGAACGACUCUCUAUGGCCUCCGAGAUCUUUGACCUUGCCUCAGACGAACGCAAGUUACGUUACGCGAUUAUCGAGUUCAAGAAAGUAUAUGGUACAUGGUACGCCAGCCGUGUCUCAGUCAUCUACCACAUGGUCCGGCAUGGACUUCGCAAGAUCACCCGUGAACUCGAUCGUGUGCCUUCUGGACCUGACGUCGAAGUGAGGACUUACACCUAUGGCACUGUUAGAGGCUCAUACAUCUCCGCACGCGAUGGAAAGUCGUUGAUCUACAGUCUUUCGUGCAAUAAUAUCAUGGAGGACCCGACCGAGCGUCCAUUGCAUGAGCAACUCGGUAUUACUCUAGACACCCUGGAAUCUGUUCCAGAUGUCUUCAAGGACAAGACUUUUCUCUUCGAUGUUAUGAGCAGACCCGUCUUGACAUCUGAGGGACAAUCUUUCGAAUUGAUCAGUCUGCACAAAUACUUAGAGCAAGGCACCUUCAAAGAUCCUAUCACAAAGACGGACCUGAACCGCAAAGUUCCCUCUUUUGUCAACAAACCACUCCAGAUAGCUCUUGCUGAAUGGAUAAAGCUUUACAAAGAGAAGCAGGAGGCGGAUCAAGAGAAAAAGCAAGCAGAAGCGAGGAGCAAGAUAUUGGAGAAUUACGUGAGAGAUCGCUUUGGUCAAGGUGAGCUUGACCGUCUGACCCAGGAAAGCUCGGUUCGCAUCGAAUAG